UUGCUACACUGGACGACACCCCCACACCUUCAACUACCGCAGCUCCCAAUCUCACCUGGACUAGUAACAGGCGCUGGAGGAAGGAAAAUGUUCCAGAGAAAGGGAACGGUAUCCAAGAGCUCUGGCCCAGUACACGUGAACUCGUAUGCCCUGAGGGGAGUGCCGAUCAGAUACACUCCACCGUUCUACCUGCCAGACCAGCUGACCCUCCCUUCCUCGUGGACCCUCCCCACCUUUCCUUCUGAAGACCUCUUCAGAUAUGACUACACCAAGGAAAAGAAGGUUCUGGAACAGGCCAGAAUAAGGACCAUCUCCCUGGCAGCUGAGGCUCAGGCUAGAGAGAAGAGGGAAAAGACGGAGGAAGAGAAACAACGCAUAGAAGCCGCUGCAGCAGCCGAGCGAGCAAAGUCACAACCUCGACAGCCGAGCUUCCCCCUCCCCUCAUCCCCUCCCCUGCACAACAGCACACAUUCACAAAGACUCCACCCACUAAUAAAACCGAUGCCUCAGAAACCCAGCAACCUGAAAAUGGUGAUUCCAGUUCCGCUAUUCACAUCAAAGACUUCGGGAACAUCAUGA